UUGCUUGUUUGUCGAACAUAGCGCGAGGGAUCGACAUGUACGCUAAGGUUAUAAUCGCAUCCUGCUGCCUUGCGGCUUUCGCCCUGGGACGCCCCGAUGACGUCCCUGCCCCUGAGGGGUAUGGGUAUGCAGCUCCAGAGCAUCAGCUGAGCUACGGAACACACGAUAAACACGAGAAGGGAAUGCCAUUCGACUUCGAGUAUGCCGUCAAGGAUGACUACAAGGGCCUCGACUUCGGUCACAACUCCAACUCUGACGGAAAGGUCGUGACCGGAAAGUACUACGUCCUCCUCCCUGACGGUCGCACUCAGAUCGUCACUUACACCGCCGACCACUACAACGGAUACCAGGCUGAGGUCACUUACGAGGGCGUAGCCAAGUACCCAGAACCCAAGCCCUAUGCCCCUGCUCCAUCCUACGGCGCUCCUGCCCCGACUUACGGCGCUCCUGCCCCAACUUACGGCACCCCUGAACCCACUUAUGGCGCACCUGCACCCACUUAUGAAGAACCUGCUCCAGUCUAUGGAACCCCAGCUCCCUCUUAUGAAGAGCCUGAACCCGUAUAUGGAGCCCCUGAUCACUGAAAUACUUCUUCCUUUCCUUGUCUUACCCCUUCAAUAUUUAUUAAUCCAUGUAAAUAAAGCAUUAUGAACUAAA